CUGCGAGUGCGGUAGGGAGAGAUUCACCUGCCUCUCGGUGCGACCGUCUCAACAACGGUCUCUGCUGCCGCGGUGCUUGGGAUCGUUACCAUGGCUUCGACACCAAAAGCAGGCAGCCCAGCGAUGGAGGCCGCCGUGGGCUUCAUCCUGGGUGCGGUCGCCGGCUGUGCCCUGGGAGCCACGGAGGGACCCAUGAACCAGGCGGCGGCGGCGCUGACCUCCGGGCCACACCUGAAGGUCAUGACGGACGCCGUGGGAGACGUGGGGCCCCUGGGUGUGGGGACGCUCAUCGGGGCCACGGCCCUCUCUACCGCCGUGGCGUCCGCCGUGACGGGGGUGACCAUGGCCUCCCUGGUGGCUCUGAUGCUACUCAGAGUGAGGCGACGCAGAGACGGGUCCUUGGGAGUCGGGGCGCUCGUGUGGGUGACCUCCGGGCUCGCCGCUGUUGUCGGGGCGACGGCCAGCGGAGCGACGCUCGGGGCGGCGAUCGAGAUGCUCGCACGGGCCUCGGCGGCGGCCGGACUGCUGUGGGGGCUGCUGGCGUUGGCGCUGCUGACGCCGUUCCUGCGCGCCGCCCUCUUGCGGCUCGGGGGCGCGGAGCGGCUCUGCUGCGGGAUCCUGGAGCCCAGCGAGGAGGACCGGGAGAGGGAGCGGAGGCGGCAGGAGGCGGCCGCGGACGAGCAGAGGCAGAGGGUCGCCGUGGAGAUGGAGCAGAGGAUAACGAUGCUGGAGGAGGGCGCUGGAGACGGGAACGCGGACGCCACGCAGCAGCAGCAGCAGCAGCAUCGGGUCGCCUGGGAGACGCAGUGGCGGGAGAGGAAGGAGGCCGAGCGGGAGGAGAGGGAGCGGACGGAGCUGGAGACGGAGCAGAGGAGCGUCUCCGAGCGCGUCGCCAAGGCGAUGGCCCAGUACGUGGACCUGCUGGCGUUCUCGGGCAUCCCGAUGACGGUGACGGCGGCCGUGACGACGGGCCUCGGGCUGUUGGGGUUCGGCGACUACCGCUUCGUCUUCAUGGCCCUGCUCGCGCUGGUUCUCGUCAUGACCUUUGCCCUCAUGAGGUCGGCGAAGCUGAGCUUCUGGAAGUUCGCCGGCUGCAUGGGCCUGUUCGCCACCUUCGCCAUCGCCGUGCUGACCGUGCACGCCGGGCAGGAGGUGGCCGGGGACUCGGCCAGGCUGAGAGCGGCGGGGAGAGAGGUCCCGCCCCGCGAGCUCCUCGUCGCCGCCAUGAGGCAGCGCUCGUCCCUGGAGGCCGUCGCCGCGGGCUUCUUCGUGGCCAAGCUGUGCCAGGUGGGCCUCGGGGCCACCGUAGGAGGACCCCUGGGGCGGCAGGUGGACGGGAAGGUGGUGGUGGGGGCCGGGGGGGCUGUGGCGGCCACCCUGGGUCUGGUGCGAGCCUCGGCCGGGUUCCUGGGCGCGGGGGGCACGGCGGGGGCCCUGCUCGGGGCAGUCGGAGCGUCGGGGGUGUCUCUGGGGUCAGCGGCGGCCAUCGCUGUAGGCUGGUCCACGUGGGCGGGGACUGUUGCCACGACAGCGGGAAUGGUGACGGGGGCAUUAGCCACUGGGAAAUGGGACGUUCCCAACUUAAUUCAAGUGCCUGUUGCGUAUAUGUUUGCUAUGACCACUCCCUACUGACAGAGCUGCAGUAUUGCUUAUUUAUUAGUUCAGGAAGAUAUCUAAAAUAUUGUCUAACUCACAGUACAGAAUUGCAUCCUCAGAGAUGCUCCCUGAAACACUGCUGACCGCCAGCAUAGUUAUCAAUAAAUGUAUUUUACUUUACUAAUUUUUUAUUUGUUUUCCAACAAAUGUGAACAUAGUUUGUUUUUUAAGGACAUGUGAAAGUGUAAAAUGCAAAGACAAUGUUGUUUGACACACAACAUUAAUAUUUUAUGAUAAGAGCCAGACAGUUUUUGGUAUUUGAAUAUAUGUAUUUCUAAAUAUUUAAAAUCCCAUUAAAAUGUUAAAAUGUCAAAUGUAUGGCAGUGGUUACGGUCUGUGCCAGAACAAGAGCAAUAAAGUGUACUGAAAUCCC